AAAACCCGAUCCUGAAGGAAUUCCCCAGGAUUAGAGGAGGACAGGCGAUAUGGUUACUGCUGUUCAGCACAGUGUUUUUCUGUACCUCGUGCUCUCCUGCUUUUACCCAUCCCAUGCAGCGCAGGGUUGCCUGAACAAACAGAAAGUUCUAACUGUCAUCCGACAAAUGCAACAGUUCUUAAAAGGACAAGAAACACAUUUCACUGAUGGAAUUCGUACCAUGAAAGCCAAGCUUUCAGCCUUACAGAUCUCUGUGACCAAACUGACAGCAGACCAACCCUCAGUAACGUGGUGUCCAUCGCUGGAGAUUCCUAAACAUGGCAAGAAGCUAGGCUCCAGGUACAGCGCGGAUCAUGAGGUGCAUUUUGUCUGUCUGCCUGGCUACCAGCUCAUCGGCUCCAAUACCAGAGUCUGUCAGCCCAACGGGCGCUGGACAGGGGUGAAUGCUAGCUGCACAGAAAUUAAUGAAUGUGCCAGUAACCCCUGUCAGAAUGGAGGGAUCUGUGUGGAUGCUGUGAACCAAUACAUGUGUACUUGCCCAAACAACUGGAUGGGGCGCCACUGUCAGUAUCCGGGACAGACAGAAUGGAGUGAGCUGUCCUUUAAUCGGAAACCCCGUUGUGCAAAGGUGGAGAGAACCCAACACUGCAGCUGUGAUGCUGGCUUCCAUAUGAGUGGGAGCAGUGAGAACAGUGUGUGCCAAGAUGUGAACGAGUGCGAGGUUUUCCAACUGGAUGGGCUUGCCAGACUCUGCAUGUACACCUGUGUUAACAUCCCUGGGUCCUACCGCUGUACCUGUCCUCCUGCAUACAAACUUCUCAACGAUGGAAGGAGCUGUGCUGAUGUAGAUGAAUGUGCGACAUUGCAACACAACUGCACAGCAGGGGAGACUUGUAUCAAUACAGGAGGAGGAUUUCAAUGUGUUAACCCACAGUGUCCGGAGCCACGUGGGAAUACCAGCUAUGUUAAAACAUCACCCUUUCAGUGUGAACGUCACCCAUGCCCUAUGAAUAGCAAAUCCUGCCAUCAUGCAGCAAAGACCAUCUCCUUCCAUUACCUGUCAUUGCCCUCAAAACUGAAAACUCCAGUCACCUUAUUCCGUAUGGCUACAGCUGCUGCUCCUGGGAGGCCUGGACCCGAUAAUCUGCGUUUCGGCAUUGUAGGAAAGAAUAAUCAAGGGCAGUUUGUAGUCCAGCGUUCUGAUAGACAGACCGGUGAGCUCAUACUUGUUCAGCCUUUGAAAGGUCCUUGUACUGUAGAAGUGGAUGUGGACAUGUCCGAAUACCGUGACCGCACUUUCCAGGCCAAGCAUGUGUCAAAGGUUACACUUUUCAUUUCAGCCAAUGGAUUUUGAGAAAAUAUUCAGGGACCCCGAAUCUUCAGUUCAAGGGAUUUGUUUGAAUUAUGACUUUUAUUGUGGGAGUUUAUGGAUCACAUCCCAGAGAGAAGGAUACUUUAUCCGAGUCCAAAUGCCACAAUAUAAUGAUCAGAACCUGUUACAUUAUCGAUUUCUCUUCAGUUGUAUAUUCACAGUCAUGUUAGGCUCAGCUGGAGUCUUCAACACUCUACUGAACUCUGUCAUUGUAUGUGGCCCAAAUCUUUUGGCAUUUGUAUAGCUGUCCCUGUUUGCCAUAGCAUUUGUCAGUGCUUGUUUUACCCCAUUUUAUUAUAGAUCUCCAGUUUCCUGUUCACUAUUAAAUGUCCUAUCUCCAAUGCAAUCUCCAUCAAUUAAUUAGAAUAUUUCCUGGAAGGAAAUAAAGAGUCAGAGUUGACAUUAUACACAACAACCAUUCAGUGAAGAAAACCAAACCCCUGCCUGCUACUUACUUGAUAUCUAAGUGGGAACGUGACAUUGAGAUAAAGGAUCAGCCAUGAUCAUAUUGAAUGGUGGAGCAGGCUCAAAGGGCCAAAUGGCCUACUCCAGGUCCUAGUUUUAUGUUUCUAUGUAUACUCGUAUCCCUUAUAGGCAGCACCAAUAAAUUGAAUUCUCAUUAAUCUUGGGCUGUCUGGUGCAAACAAGUUAAUCUGUUAUUGUGUACUGUACAACACAAUGCAGUGUUUAAUCUACAUCAGGCAAUUAGUGAAAGCAGCGAGGGACAAUGAGAAAUAUUAUCAUGACCUCCUAACAAGAUGUGUUCCUUGCCUUGAUGUAUAUAGAAAAUUGACGGAUUGACCAACAUCAAAUUGCCUGAGUUUGUUAUAAAAGUAUAACAACAUAUACGGUCUGAAGCUGUUAGUUUAUUUUUACCAUAUCUUUAGGAGCAGUCUCCAGGUAAAAACUAUCAAUGCAAUUAUAGAUAUGCACUGGAAGUUCUAAGAUGGUUUCUUGUAGAAACUCUUUAUUCCGACGCCAGGCAUUGUUUUACCAAUUGUUUUAAUAAAAUUAUUUCACACUGCA